CAGUUUGUUGAAAUCGUCAAUGACCGAAAGCAUAAAUAAACAAUGAGCAACAUUUACAUACAAGAACCACCGACGAUAGGAAAGGUCCUGCUGAAGACAACAGUUGGUGACAUCGAUAUAGAGUUAUGGUCUAAGGAAACACCAAAAGCAUGUCGUAAUUUCAUUCAACUGUGUUUGGAAGCAUACUACAACAAUACUAUAUUCCACCGAGUGGUGAAAGGUUUCAUAGUUCAAGGUGGAGAUCCAACAGGUACUGGUGGUGAAAGUAUAUACGGACAACCAUUUAAGGAUGAAUUUCAUACUCGUUUAAGAUUCAAUCGCAGGGGUCUGGUAGCCAUGGCAAACGCUGGUAAAGAUGACAAUGGUUCUCAAUUUUUCUUCACCUUUGCUGCUGCCCCAGAGCUUCAGAAUAAACAUACCAUUUUUGGAAAAGUAACUGGUGAAACAAUCUACAACUUGCUGAAACUGGAAGAAGUCCUAGUAGAUGAGGAUGAACAGCCAUUGUAUCCUCAGAAAAUAUUCAAGGCAAAAGUACUGAACAAUCCUUUUCCUGAUGUUGUCCCAAGGAGAGAUCCAGCCAAGGAACAAGUGACUGAAGUGAAGAAGAAAGAGAAAACUGCAGGUGUCAAGAAUUUCAAACUUCUAUCUUUUGGUGUAGAAGCAGAGGAACAUGAAGAGGAAAGUGAGGUAGCCAAUAAAAUGUAUGCUGGACGUAGCAAGUCAACGCAUUAUGUUCUCAAUGAUCCAAAAUUAAGUGCAGUGCCUACAGUAGACAUGAAUCAGAAAACUAAAAAGAAUAAGAAUGAAGUGAGAAGUGAAAAUGAUGAAGAUAAUAGACAACCACAAUUCUUUGUGAAGCAGACAGAAGCAAGACUUUUAACACAUAGACAGUUUCAAACCAAACACUUCAAGCUCCUGAAGGUUUUCCACGAGGGGACACGACAAAUUACUGAAGCUUCGCAGGGGAGUCAGUGA